CCCCGCUCAAUAAUCUGAAGUACGCAAGAAAUCAACGAGAGCCGAAAGCAAAUUACCUGUCAUGGAAGAUAUCUGACAACUAUUAUUUUCUCAAGUCUAAAAUUUCCCUUUUAUCGUUCACUGCAGGCAUUUUAGUACUUUUUGAAAAGUCAUGGAGAAAUCUGAAGACAUGUUAAAAAAAGAAGAUACAGACUCAAGAUCUGCUUCCAAAGAAACUGGUGAUGAAGGUGUGUCAGAUAUGGAAGUAGAAACUACAGCAGAACAUGAUGUAGUCAGAAAAGAAGCAGAAAACUUGGAUGACAAGAAGGUUGAGAAAGAGACUUUGGAUGAUGAGGUUAAAACUUCUGAUGUCAUUGAUAAAGAAUCAAAGGAUUCUUCAGGAGUAGAAGAUGUAGAUUUAACAAAGAAGUCAGAAGACUCUGAUAUACAAGAAGAAAGUGUGGAGAAUAAAGAAGCAGGUAAAGAAGAAGGGUAUUGUGGAUUUUAUUCAGCACUAGUUUUGAUAAUGGUUUCCCCAGGUCUUUCAUAUGAGCCCUUGAAUUUGAUUUUCUAUUUAAUUAUCUGAAUAAUAUAUAUGUCAUAAUUCUUAUUUCUAGAAACUUUUAAUGUUAUUAUAAUAUUUAAGAAAAUCCUUAAAAUCUCUUCAUUUGGUUACUAAAUUUACUGAUACUUUUUCCUAACUCCGUGUUGUCAGUUUUAUAGCCCAUCUUUCUGUGAAAAAAUCCUGUCAACAGAGAGAUAGAUAAACGGAACAUCUCUGCUGUAAGGAUGCUUUAGGAAACUUGUUCCUUAGGCUUAUACAUAAAACUAUGAAAUAAUGGAAAAAUUUAAUUUAGUUUAGUAAUACUUUAUAUUUUGAGUUUGUUUUUUCUUACAUCUUGCUAACUUCAUUAUAAUUUUUAGCUCGACUAUUCGAUAAGAAUAAGUAGAGCUAUUGUAGUCACCAGAGCGUCGGCGUAACCACUUAUGUUAAAGUUUUUGUAAUAUCUCGAAUAUUUUCAAAGUCCAUUGACAUAUGGCUUUGAAACUUUGCACACUUGUUCACCAUCAUGAUCCCAACCUGUACACAGGAGGAGAUAACUGUAUCAAGCAUUUGGCAGAAUUAUGCCCCAUUUUCGACUUAGAAUUUUCGUUAACGUUUUUGUAAUACCGCAAAUAUUUUCAAAGUCCAUUGACAUAUGGCUUUGAAACUUUGCACACUUGUUCACCAUCAUGAUCCCAACCUGUACACAGGAGGAGGUAACUGUAUCAAGCAUUUUGACAGAAUUAUGCCCCUUUUUCGACUUAGAAUUUUCGUUAAAGUUUUUGUAAUACCUCAAAUAUUUUCAAAGUCCAUUGACAGGUAACUGUAUCAAGCAUUUUGACAGAAUUAUGCCCCUUUUUUGACUUAGAAUUUACAAAUAAGUUUGCAUACCACCUCAGAUAUUUUCAUAUUCUAUUGACAUCUGGCUUUGAAACAAGUUGAAAUUUUAUACUCUUCUUUGAGAGCAUAAUAGGACUCUCUUCAAGGCCUAUAACUGUAACAUGGUUUUAAAGAAAAAUUUUGCCCUUUUGUUAACUUAGAAAAUUUUACAUUAUCAAGGUUUUUUUACUGUCAAGCACUAAGAAUAGUCGAGGGUUGCUGUCCUACCGACAGCUCUUGUUUAUAUUUGUAUAUUAAUAUAAAUAAAUGAUAUGACCUUUAGAAUGUUGAUUUAAGAACAACAAACAUCUAUAACUUAGUCCAUAAGUCAGCAAGAUCAAAACACUUAAACAUGUAUAUCUCAUUGCCAAACAUUUAGUAUUAAAUAAGAUGUCCUCACUUGUGUUGUUUACUUAUGAAAGAUAAAUAUAAGACAAAGAAAAAUGCAAGAUUCAUUCAAGAAUUAAGAUAAAAGUAUCCACCUGAACAAAACACUUUUUUCUGAAUAUUUAUGAAAUUUACAGAAUAUUUAUCUGCUUGAUUUCAUUGAUGAAAAAAUUAUACAAUCACAAUGAUUGCAGAAGUGCCAGUACACUCACUAAAAUUCCCUUUAUAAGAAAAUUGGUCUACCCUCCUUUUAAACAUUUCCAAUAAUUUGUAAAUAAACAUUUGAGCAGCAUCAGGACAAA